AAAAGAAAAAAAAAAAAAAGAGAAGAAAAGAAAUGGUGGUAAAAAGCUAAAAAGUUCGUCAGUAGCAGCUAGCUUAGUAAUGAGUGAGAAGCGGUAUAAGUAGUAAGUAUUAGCAAAAACCCGCAAGAGAAAAAAAAGGAUCGAAGAAAAGAAACCAUCAUCUUCAUCAUCAGCAUCAUCAAAGAGAUAGAUUGAUAGAUGGAGAUGGAGGGAAAGAGAACGAACAAAGGAAUGCAAGUAACAAGAGUCCGUGGGUAAGACUUAAAUUGGGAGUAGUUGCAGAGAGCGAGCAGCAGAAACAGAAGCAGAAGCAGAAGCAGCAGAAGUAGCAGCAGCAGAACAGUGACAGAGGAGGAAGAAAGAAAGAAGAAAGAGAAAGAUGGAGAGAGCGACAGACAAUACCAGUUUUAGUUUGCUUUUUGGGUGCGAUGACGGCGUGGCAGAGCUGUAAUUCUAUGGCUUUUAAUGCUCCCUCUCUCACAGCACAGCCAUAGAAUUGAAGGAAGGAGGCUCGAUGGAUUGAUUAAUCUCUCCCCCACGCCCCUUUUUAUCUCUCUCUCUCUCUCCUCGCCCAAAAGUCUUCCUUUACUUUGUCUUCUGUCCAAGAAAUUGAAAAGCUGCUGCAAUAAAACCCCCAAUAAACUCCCUUCCCCCCGUCCUCUGACCCUUCACUCCUUCCUUCACUUCUCCCUAUUAGUACAACCACUUUCUGGCUUCGGUUUACUUUCAUUUUGUUGCAUAGAGGACGACUUGGGAGUUGCAGCAAUAAUUGUCAAAGAGCAUUCAUUUCAGAAAAACGCAAAUUCAUUCUCUGACCCCAAACAAAACCCCCACUUUAAACAAAAUUUCAAAAAUAGAAAAAGUUCAGGCGUACCCGUAUCAUUCUGGGGUCAUUAAUCACGCCACCAUAGGCUUUCUGCUAUGGAUUGUCAGCCACGAUUGAGGUCUGCGAGAGGAAUAAAGGUGGCAAAAUGGCUGGCUUUUUUUCGCUAGGUGGUGGUGGAAGUAGUAGAGGAGGAAGCAGCAGCAACCAAGAAAGCAGCAGUCAUAACAAUACCACCACCAACAACCAACAGCAUCAGCCCACCGAAAUCAACCCGGAGAAUUGGUUCCUCUACAGAAGUGAUGAAUACAAGGGCUUCGAGAUAUGGCAUCCCCAACCGCAGCACCAAUACCACCAGCCGCACAAUCAGCCAGAACACCAUCAUUUUCGCCACCACAAUCCGGCUCUACAAGAUUUUUAUCCAUCAGCCGGAGGAGGAUUAGACUUUGGCCCCAGCAGCAGCCAUCGCGGCGGAGGAGGUGGCCUAAACAUCUCCUCGGAUGAGCCUUCGAGAUCGGCGUUUGUAAUGAUGAGGAGUAGUGGUGGGGGAAUUAGCUGUCAGGACUGCGGAAAUCAAGCUAAGAAAGAUUGUGCACACAUGAGAUGUAGGACUUGUUGCAAGAGCCGCGGGUUUCAGUGCUCAACCCAUGUCAAAAGCACUUGGGUUCCAGCUGCCAAAAGAAGGGAAAGGCAGCAGCAACUUGCUUCUUUGCAGCAGCAGCAACAGCAGCAGCAAGAACAAGCUCAAGAAAACCAAAACCAGCAGCAGCAACAAUUGCAACUUCAUCAUGGUCAUAGCCAUAGAGGGGAGAAUUCCAAAAGGCAGAGAGAGAAUCGAGCUUCUUCUUCACUCGUCUGUACUCGCUUACCCUCCAAUUCUUCAGGGUUCGAAGUGGGACAUUUUCCGGCAGAAGUAAGCACUUCGGCGGUUUUUCGGUGCGUACGAGUGAGCUCCAUUGAUGAAAAUGAGGAUCAGUUCGCGUAUCAGACGGCUGUAAACGUUGGAGGACAUGUUUUCAAGGGAAUUUUGUAUGAUCAAGGCCUCGAGAGUCAGUACAUGACUACUGAGAGUUCGUCUGGUGGCGGAAGCGGCAGCACUACGGGAGUACAACAGCUUAAUCUCAUUACUGGUACAGCUGCCACUGCAACCUCCACCGGUACGACUACCGUCAGUGGUGGAGGAGGAGGAGGAGGAGGAGGAGGAGCUGCGGGUUCGCCAUUUCUGGACCCGUCAAUGUAUCCAGCUCCACUGAAUUCUUACAUGGCUGGUACGCAAUUCUUCCCACCUCCAAGGUCCUGAAAUGAAACAACAAGAGGAAAAUUCCAUACAUUCUCUCUCUCUCACACACUCUCUCUCUAAUCAACCUUCUUCUUGACUUUGUGUACUAUUUCCUCGUGGUACAGUUGUAGUAGUAAUAUUUUUACUGUUUGUAGUAGAGAAGAACAUUUGACACGCAUUGCGCUUAUUAAAACUGCUAAUUACACAAGGAAAAUAGGAGAGGAGGAUCGACAAA